AAACGGGUUUGACAUUUUAGAUUUCAUUGUUUACUUUCCUAAGUGAAGUUAUCUACAUAUCUUCUACUUUUAGUAUCUAGUUACAUAGCUUCUGGCUCACCUCGUAAACAAUCCGCAAAGCAUGUGUUAUUAACCUAGAUUAGACUUACGAGUCAAGCAAACUGUCAUCAGUUCAUGAAAUGCAAUUAAUUCUAGAAGUCUCAGUUGUUAGUAGUCUUCAGAGCAUCGUACUUCUUUAAUUGUUUGCAGUUGGAGUCUUGAUGUUUGCAAUUAGAAUCUUGCUCUGUUUUCUUGAGCAUGAGGAUUUGAUAUGCCCCUUCCAGAACACACACAAUCUCCCAUGGCUGCAUUUCCAACAGCAGAAGCGUGUGACAGCAACGCAGAGCUAAUAGCAAACGGAGACCUACGCGCUCUCCACCCAAUCUUCAACAUCUACGGCCAAAGAAGAUGCUUCUCAGGACCAAUCGUGACACUCAAGGUAUUUGAAGACAAUGUCCUUGUCAGAAACCAACUAGAGACCAAAGGAGAAGGUCAAGUCUUAGUUAUAGACGGUGGUGGAAGCAAGAGAUGCGCGCUUGUUGGAGGAAACCUCGGACAGUUAGCUCAGAACAACGGGUGGGCAGGGAUUGUGGUGAAUGGAUGCGUUAGAGAUGUGGAUGAGAUCAAUGACUGUGAUGUCGGGGUUAGGGCAUUGGGUUCUAACCCACUGAAGUCUAGUAAGAAAGGUCAUGGUGAGAAGAAUGUGCCGGUUUAUAUUGGAGGAACUUUGAUUAGAGAUGGAGAGUGGCUUUAUGCUGAUAGUGAUGGUAUCUUGAUCUCCAAGACCGAACUCUCCGUUUGAUUCAGAAUGUUUUCAUGAUAGUGCUAAGAGAAAGAGAGUACUACUACAGCGGUUUCUUGGGACAUGCUGGUUUAUUUCAAAUUUUUAAUAAUCGGUUUCAUAUUCUUAAAAUUAAAUCGUGUAACGCGCUUUGUGAACUUUGUAAUACUGAAGAUUUUUUUU